AUGUUUAAAUUCUACAAAAGAUGUGCCAAGUUGGCGGAUUUACAGCGACGUCAUCACACCUACUGUCUCCCAUCCUCAUCUCCCUUUCAAGUGGCUGAUCCUGCUCUGGUCUCCUGUCCGGAUCUGCCUCAUGGGCCCGCUGGACCGUUUCUUCUAUUUCUGGUUGACCAAUUUCAUUCGGAUCCAGACCCAGUCUACUUGUACUCCAGACGCUAUUUCUCCAACCUUCUGUAG